AUGCCUUCCGAGAAACUAUUUUCUCCACGAGGUAAGACAAUCUAUUAUUAUACUAUGUGGAAUGACAACAACCCGCUUCUUUGUGCAUUUACCCAUCCUGCAGUACAUUGUGGUCCCUUUUCAGCUUCAUUGUGAUUGGUGGAUGUGGUUAUGUGCAUGUGUCAUGUCCCUUGCUUGCAUCAUGACUUGUUGAUGAUUGUGUAACGUGUUGCAUCCAUGUGGAGCGGUUGUAACACUGUGCCUUGUGGGACUCCAUAUGCUCUUUCGUUCUACACGGACUCCCUAUAAGCCACACUUUGACAUGUUUUUGAUGUUGCAACAUUCUGCAAUGUUGUACAGUGUUGCACACAGAUGCAGUUAGAAAUGGUAUGUCAGGAGUUUUCUUUUGCUCCAGGUCAUGUGAAAUGUCUAUAUAUUCCAUUUAUAUCUGCAACAUUCCAUUGGUGACUGUAAUGUUCUGUGUAUCUGCAACCUUGCGUAAAACUAGAAAUACCUUGAUUGAAUGUGCCCUCACAAUACCCUCAUUUAUAUCUUACAUGCUCUCCCUCUCCCUCCUUCCCUCUCGCUCUCCAGUCGACCAGAGUAUGUUUGAGAACUCCAACGCCUCCAGAGCUCCAGGCCAGGGGCUCCAGGCCUCCAGGUUGACCCAGGCCUCGGCCCGUCGCUCCCUGGUUACAGCUAACACUGGCCUGUGUAGCGGCCCUGCCGAGGCCCCAUCCUCCACCACUACCAAUGGAAGUCAGCAGAGGCUGAAGAACGCCCUGAACCUGGGAAAGGCUGUUGGGGCAAAGGUCAAUGACCUGCUGCGAAGGAAAGAGCCCAGUCAUAUAGGAGACAUCGGUGUCACAGAGGUCAACAAGAACGUAGGAGCAAUCUGGAGCAAUAUGGAGGAGAUGACCCAGCGGACUACUUCCAAUAGGUAAGGAGGGAUACACAAUUACAGAACACACACAUACACAAACUCACACUCGGGACUACUGCCUAAAGGUGAGGAGGGGUACACUAAAAGACACACACACAGGAGGGAUACAGUAAAACACACACACAACCACAAACAUUUGCAGAUCACACAUACACACAAACACGUCCGUCAUGUGUCUGGGCCCAUAGUCAUAACCCAGCUUUCAGACACUGUGCCCUGGAGAUUCAACCCAAUAUUGGUUUUAUCCAAAGAGUAAAACUGAGAGACAGCUAGUUAUUUCUAAAAACCAAUAUUGUAUUAUUCUGUCUAAAGUGGAAUGAUUUAAGCUGGGAAAGAGUAGUCAUCCUCUCACUCCAUAUAAAAGAUCAUAACCGUUGAGUCAAAGAUGUUUAAAUUAUUCAUCUGAAUUUUUCCAAACUGGGGUCGUGAAUAAGUGAUGAAGAGUAAGAGGAGGGUUAGUUAGACUGAAGCUGAGAUUAAAGAACACACACACACACACAGAGAGAGACUGAAUGAGACAUAUUUGAGAGUUGAAUUGCCUCACUUCUAAUGUUAAUCAUACACAGUGCACGCACACACACAAGCACACUCACCCUUGGGUCUCGCUUAGUUUAAAGACACAGAACGAGCUGUCCGUCUAUGCUGUAGCUGGUCAUUUAUCUGUCUGUCUCUUGAUUGACACUCAGUCACCACCCUGACACAUCGUGCCAGGUCAGACAUUUCUCAUAGAAUCAUAGAAUUGGUCAAACCGUGAUGUGUGUUUAGACACUGAUGUGUUGAGAAAUGUGAAUUGUCUGAAUACAGUGAGGGAAAAAAGUAUUUGAUCCCCUGCUGAUUUUGUACGUUUGCCCACUGACAAAGACAUGAUCAGUCUAUCUUUUUAAUGGUAGGUUUAUUUGAACAGUGAGAGACAACAAAAAAAUCCAGAAAAACGCAUGUAAAAAAUGUUAUAAAUUGAUUUGCAUUUUAAUGAGGGAAAUAAGUAUUUGACCCCUCUGCAAAACAUGACUUAGUACUUGGUGGCAAAACCCUUGUUGGCAAUCACAGAGGUCAGACGUUUCUUGUAGUUGGCCACCAGGUUUGCACACAUCUCAGGAGGGAUUUUGUUUCACUCCUCCUUGCAGAUCUACUCCAAGUCAUUAAGGUUUCGAGGCUGACGUUUGGCAACUCGAACCUUCAGCUCCCUCCACAUAUUUUCUAUGGGAUUAAGGUCUGGAGACUGGCUAGGCCACUCCAGGACCUUAAUGUGCUUCUUCUUGAACCACUCCUUUGUUGCCUUGGCUGUGUGUUUUGGGUCAUUGUCAUGCUGGAAUACCCAUCCCACGACCCAUUUUCAAUGCCCUGGCUGAGGGAAGGAGGUUCUCACCCAAGAUUUGACGGUACAUGGCCCCGUCCAUCGUCCCUUUGAUGCUGUGAAGUUGUCCUGUCCCCUUAGCAGAAAAACACCCCCAAAGCAUAAUGUUCCCACCUCCAUGUUUGACGGUGGGGAUGGUGUUCUUGGGGUCAUAGGCAGCAUUCCUCCUCCUCCAAACACGGCGAGUUGAGUUGAUACCAAAGAGCUCGAUUUUGGUCUCAUCUGACCACAACACUUUCACCCAGUUCUCCUCUGAAUCAUUCAGAUGUUCAUUGGCAAACUUCAGACGGCCCUGUAUAUGUGCUUUCUUGAGCAGGGGGACCUUGCGGGCGCUGCAGGAUUUCAGUCCUUCACGGCGUAGUGUGUUACCAAUUGUUUUCUUGGUGACUAUGAUCCCAGCUGCCUUGAGAUCAUUGACAAGAUCCUCCCGUGUAGUUCUGGGCUGAUUCCUCACCGUUCUCAUGAUCAUUGCAACUCCACGAGGUGAGAUCUUGCAUGGAGCCCCAUGCCGAGGGAGAUGACAGUUAUUUUGUGUUUCUUCCAUUUGCGAAUAAUCACACCAACUGUUGUCACCUUCUCAGCAAGCUGAUUGGCGAUGGUCUUGUAGCCCAUUCCAGCUUUGUAUAGGUCUACAAUCUUGUCCCUGACAUCCUUGGAGAGCUCUUUGGUCUUGGCCAUGGUGGAGAGUUUGGAAUCUGAUUGAUUGAUUGCUUCUGUUGACAGGUGUCUUUUAUACAGGUAACAAACUGAGAUUAGGAGCACUCCCUUUAAGAGUGUGCUCCUAAUCUCAGCUCAUUACCUGUAUAAAAGACACCUGGGAGCCAGAAAUCUUUCUGAUUGAGAGGGGGUCAAAUACUUAUUUCCCUCAUUAAAAUGCAAAUCAAUGUAUAACAUUUUUGACAUGCGUUUUUCUGGAUUUUUUUGUUGUUAUUCUGUCUCUCACUGUUCAAUAAACCUACCAUUAAAAUUAUAGACUGAUCAUUUCUUUGUCAGUGGGCAAACGAACAAAAUCAGCAGGGGAUCAAAUACUUUCUUCCCACACUGUAUGUGUGUGUGUGUGCGUGCAUGUGUGCAUGUGCGCGCUAGUGCGUGUGUGUUUGUCAGCCAGUAAGUGGUAGGUCACGUAUAGACAGAGUAGUCAUAAAUGACUGGUAUGCUUUGCGGUGACUCACUCCUCAUCACUAUGGCAAUGAUAUGGUUGUCACCAUGGCAAUAUGCUCAUUUGUAGGGGAACGGUAGAGAAAUAAACACACAGUCCCACAGCAUAGAGAAGGGGGAAGAGAACGAGUGGAAGUUAGACAGUAGGAUGAGAACAAGUGAGAGAGAGAACUGAGUGACGCCGAGCGAUUGAACAAAUUGAACAAAUUUGUUCUUAUUAAAGUUACAGUAGUAAUGGAUGUCUCUUCCUCUUCUCUCUCCCUCCAGUCAUGCCUUUCUGGACUCCUUCCCUCGUCUGGACCCCCCUCCCCCCGGUAAAAAGCGUCUUCCUCGCACCCUGAAGACUACCCAGGACAUGAUGAUCUCAUCUGACCCCGUCGUCACUACACCCCCCGAGACCCCCGAUCACUCCCUCCUCUCCUCCCCCAUCAAGACCUCCCUCAUCAGCAAUGAGCAGACCCCACCCCAGGGAGAGAAGUAUGGAGAGAAUGACAGAGGGAGAGACACACUCACCGGACUGACUGGCCCUCUGGACAGCGAGAGGAAAGAGGAGGUGGAGAUGGAGAGGAAUGGGAGCAGUGAGAUGGAUGGAGUGGAAGGGAAUGAGAUGGAGGAGAGGAGAGAGGGAGAGCAGACCCAGAUUCAGCUCCAGCUCUCUGUCCCAGACCUCAUCCAUAAGGAUCACGUGGUCCCCCCCAGGUCGAAGACGUCUGAGCCCAGGCAGAAGGCCCCGGGAGCAGACACGAGGCUAGCCUCGACCAACCUAAAAGCUCCGUAA